GAUCGUCAUCACGACCGGAGAUUCUAAACUCAUCUGAAACUCAGAAAACCCUAAACAGAUAAACCCUUUCCUCAAACUCUCAGCUCCGAUUAGAUCCCUCCCAACAAUGGCGACUCAUCUCUUUUCCCGAUACCGGAUCUCUCUCCUCAGAACCUUGAAACCCAAUCACCACGCCUCGAAUUCACCCAUCAGGUCCAUUUCCGGUACCUCCUUCCUCUCUCAGCUCGCAACCGAAUCAACUGAUCACGAAACGUCGGAUCAUCAAUCAGGCUCCACGCCGCUUCCGCCGAAUCCAGCCACCGGAAGUCCUCUUUACCAGGAGAAUUGGCGGAGUCCGAUCCCGAGCUCCCCGUCGUCUAGCCAAUCACUCGUCCCCAUGGGGUUUCUAAACCAGGCUCCUGCCCCUCGCAUUAGAGCUAUCUCCGAGACCCUCGACAUGAACUCGCUGCUGAAUAUGUUUGCCGAUUGGACCGCGUCGCAGAGGUGGUCCGAGAUGAAGCAGCUGUUUGAGUUCUGGGUUCGAUCGCUUGACAAAAAUGGGAAGCCGAACAAGCCUGAUGUCAACCUUUACAAUCACUACCUUCGGGCUAACUUGAUGAUGGGUGCUUCGCCUAGUGACAUGCUCGAUCUGGUUGCGCUAAUGGACGAUUUCUCCUUGGCACCCAAUACAGCGUCUUAUAACAUAGUCUUGAAGGCUAUGCACCAGGCGAGAGAGACUGAAGCUGCGCAGAAGCUGCUUAAUCGGAUGCUAAUGUCUGGAAAGGAGGAAUCUGUUCCGGAUGAUGAAUCAUAUGAUGUGGUUAUUGAACUGCUGUUUUUGACUGGGAAUAAUGACGAAGCUAUGAAACUUAUGGACUUGGCACUAAAAUCUGGUUAUAUGUUAUCUACCACAGCUUUUAGUGAAUGUGUCCGUAGCUGUGUAGCCAAAGGUAGGACAGAUACACUGGUCUCCAUUAUCGAGAGGUGUAAGGCUCUUGAUCGGAACAAGUCCCUGUGCCCUAGCUGGAUACUGUGUACGUAUAUGGCAGAAGUUGCAGUUCAAGAGGAUAAUAGCAAAUUAGCAUUUUAUGCGUUUGAGUUUAUGUUCAAAUGGAUCACUAGGGGAGAAAUGGCUUGGCCCUUGGUUUUACUUUCUGUUGAUGAAGGGUUGGUAGUAUCAGCUCUUGCAACUGCUGCUAGGACAUGCAAUCCAACUUUAGUAGAUGGUUCAUGGAUGAUUCUGAAGCGGUCUCUGCGAGGGAAAAAGGCACCCAACCCUGCAUCGUACAUUGCAAAGAUAAAUGCGUAUGCAUCGUUGGGGAAUCUGCAGAAAGCUUUCAUCGCACUUCAUGAAUUUGAAAACGCAUAUGCUGACUCGGAAAAAGAAGUUGUGGAGGAAAUUCUUUCACCUUUUACAUCCUUGUACCCGCUUGUUGUGGCCUGCUCUAAGAAAGGUUUUGAGACAUUGGAUGAGGUAUACUUCCAGUUGGAGACAUUGAGUCAAGGUGAAACUCCAUAUAAGUCUGUUGCUGCUCUAAACUGUAUAAUUCUUGGCUGCGCAAACACAUGGGACCUGGAUCGUGCUUAUCAGACAUUUGAUGCAAUAAGUGCAUCUUUUGGGCUGACUCCUAAUAUUGACUCGUACAAUGCUUUAAUCUAUGCAUUUGGAAAGGUCAAGAAGACUUUUGAGGCUACAAGAGUAUACGAGCAUCUGGUUAGCGUAGGUGUUAAACCUGAUGCCCGGACGUAUUCAUUGCUGGUGGAUGCUCAUCUCAUUAACCGGGAUCCCAAAUCAGCUCUGACCGUAAUUGAUGACAUGAUCAAUGCUGGAUUUGAACCAACAAAGGAGACAUUGAAAAAGGUCAGAAGGCGAUGUGUGAGAGAGAUAGACUACGAAAACAAUGAUCAUGUGGAGUCAUUGGCCAAGAAGUUUGAAAUCAGGAUGGGAUCAGAGAACCGCAGGAACAUGCUUUUCAACUUAGAUUACUCCAGGGGCCGCGCGUAAUAAUCAAACGCCAUUGACCAAUAAAAAAUGUUAAAAACUUUUUUGGAAUAUUCUCAUUUUUUCUUUCUUUGUUCAUCUUGAUCUGAAUCCACUAGAUUUGUAAGAUUUUGGUUUACAUAACCAUAUUAAUAUAUCUAGUGUAAUAACAAUUUCCAUUUUGAAA